GUAUAGUCAGUUAAGCCAAGCAAAAGAAAAGAAAAAGAGAGAAGUAAAAAGAAGAGUAAGUUGCGUUCCCACUUAAUUAUGUCUUUUUUCUAUCUAUACCUAUAUAAAGGGCUUUAACAAUAUCAAACACUUCUCACCAAUAAGGAGCUAAAAACAGAUAAGAAUAAUAAUAUUUAAUAAUCAAAUGGCUUUAGGCCAAGACCGUUUGAUGAGUUUGGGUUUGAUCUGGUGGGGGGUGGUGUGGCUCUUGGUGUUUGAACCACAUGGUGUGUAUGGCUCGACCAGGGGUUGGCUAUUUGGUCCAAGAAAAGGUAUAGUGGCUUCCCCUGAGAUUGGUAUAUGCAAGUCCUCUGUUGUUUCAUAUGGAUACAAGUGCCAGGAAAUUGAUGUGACAACCCAAGAUGGCUAUAUUCUAAAUGUGCAAAGAAUUUCAGAAGGUAGAACUGGGGUUGGUGGUGGCCUGAAGAAGCAGCCAGUGUUGAUUCAACAUGGGGUCCUUGUGGAUGGGUUGACCUGGCUUUUGAAUGACCCAGAAGAAAAUCUUCCAAUGAUUUUAGCUGAUCGUGGCUAUGACGUGUGGAUUGCUAACACCAGAGGCACCAGGUUCAGCCGUAGACACAAGUCAUUGGAUCCCAGACAACCCAAAUUUUGGAAUUGGUCUUGGGAUGAGCUGGUCACAUUUGAUUUACCUGCGGUUUUUGACCAUGUUUAUAAAGAGACAGGACAGAAGAUUAACUAUGUUGGCCAUUCUCUGGGAACUUUAAUAGCUUUGGCAUCUUUCUCAGAAGGGAGGCUAGUGGAUCAGCUCAAGUCAGCAGCAUUGUUGAGCCCCAUUGCUUAUUUGAGCCACAUGAACACUGCACUUGGUGUUGUUGCAGCCAGAUCCUUUGUUGGAGAGAUUACUACAUUAGUUGGUCUUGCAGAGUUCAAUCCAAAAGGGGAGGCUGUGGCUAACUUUCUUAAGGGCCUAUGUGCUUAUCCAGGAGUUGACUGUUAUGACUUAAUGUCUGCAAUUACAGGCCGAAACUGCUGUCUCAAUGUUUCAACCGUUGAUCUCUUUCUAAAGAACGAGCCUCAGUCAACAUCAACCAAGAACAUGGUACACUUAGCUCAAACUGUUCGAAAUGGGGUUUUGGCAAAGUUCAAUUAUGGAAGAGCAGACUACAAUCUGAUGCAUUACGGUGAAACCUCACCACCAAUUUACAACCUCUCAAACAUUCCUAAAAACCUUCCUCUGUUCAUUAGCUAUGGAGGGCGUGAUGCUCUGUCAGAUGUUAGAGAUGUUGGGAUGUUGCUCGACAGUCUUAAGUACCAUGAUGUUGAUAAGAUCUCUGUUCAGUUCAUUAAGGACUAUGCUCAUGCUGAUUUCAUCAUGGGAGUUGACGCUAAAGACGUUGUUUAUAACUCUGUCGUCUCAUUUUUUAAACAUCAACAAUAACAAAAACACUAAUCAAGUUUAGUUGGGGUCAGUUUAAUGUUGUAAUACAAGAUUGAAUAAUUAUACUUAUAUGUUAUUAGUAGAAUCUCAAUCAAAUACGUACUUUUUAUGAUCAUGAGAAAGAAAUCUUAGCAUACUAUAUCAUCUACUGAGAAAUUUUGAACAA